CGAAUAGUUUUAUUGAAUAUGAGUAGACUUAAUGAACGGAAAAGCAAAGUAACGGAAAGUGUGGAACAUUUGUUGUCUUUGGCCUUUAAGCAGCUUCGUGACGUGUUCGGUUUCACCGAGUUUCUUUCUGGACAAGAAGAAGUUCUGCUACGACUUUUUGACUGUGGUAGUGCUUUGGCAAUCCUACCAACCGGUGGAGGUAAAAGUCUUUGCUAUCAAAUCCCUGCCAUCAUUUUUCCGGGCCUUACUUUGGUUGUAUCGCCCCUUAUCGCUUUGAUGCGAGAACAAGCUCAAAAACUUGUCGACGUCGGUGUACCAGCUGGACACAUGGAUAGUUUGCAAUCUACGACGGAAAUACGAGGUCUUAGAAAAUCUCUUGCAGAAGGAAAGGUGAAAAUCUUAUUUGUUUCUCCAGAACGAUUUAAUAAUGAAGUCUUUCUGUCCCUCUUGAGAACUUUGGAAAUAUCUCUCUUUGUGGUGGACGAGGCACAUUGUAUUUCAGAGUGGGGUCAUAACUUUAGACCAGACUACUUGAGACUUUCACAAUUUGCUAGAGAUUGUAAAGCAGCAUAUAGGCUUGGCUUAACGGCUACAGCCACAGAACGAGUUGCCAAUGAUAUUGUGCAAAGACUGAACAUAUCACCUGAAGCCGUUGUACGCAAAAACUUUUAUCGUCCUAACCUUGUGUUAAACAUUAGAUGCUGUAACAACGAAAUGGAAAAACGGGAAGAGUUACUUUAUUGUUUGCGACAGCGAGAACGAGGUCCAACGCUCAUUUACGUAACUCUUCAACGAACCGCUGAGGAAUUGGCUUACUUCCUUGUUGAAAGUGGUUUCCAAGCACGGCCUUAUCAUGCUGGUCUAUCAGAUGAACAACGAAUAUCUACGUAUGACUGGUUCGUUCAAGCUUGCAAUCCUAUCGUAGUUGCAACUAUUGCUUUUGGGAUGGGAGUUGAUAAACCGGAUAUACGUUAUGUUUAUCAUUUUAAUUUGAGCAAAAGCCUAGAGGCAUAUAGUCAAGAAAUAGGAAGAGCAGGGCGGGAUGGAAAAAAGUCUUGCUGUGAUACCUUUUUCAGUGGGUCGGACAUUCCUGUCUUGGAAACAUUCAUAUAUGGAAACACUCCAGAUGCUACUCAAAUUAGUUCAUUUCUGACAUUCCUGUUUGAGAAGCGUAAAAAGUCACAAGUUGUCAAUCUGCCGUUAUAUGAAUUGGCAACAAAUUUCGACAUGAGAGAAGUUGUCUUACAUACCAUUUUGGUUUUCCUAGAUGUAUAUUGGGGCCUUAUAAAGGAAGUGACACCUAUGUUUGCAGAGUAUCGUUAUCAAGUCUUGUCAGAAGAAGGAGGAGAAGAAGAAGAGACACUGGAAAAUAGCUUGACUGAACAGCAAUCGAUAUUGUGGAAAAAUAUAAAUGAACAAGCCAAGAAGAAAUUGAAAUGGAGCUAUCUUGACUUGAACAAUUUGCAACUAGGUACUGAAAUUGAGCAGGUACAACUGCUUUUGGACAAAAUUCAUUCAAAAGGCUUCAUAAGACUGCAAGCUGGAAAACUUCAACAUCGGAUACAAAUAUUGAAAAUUCCACAAGAUAUGAAGUUGCUUCAACAGCAGUUAUGGCAACUCAUUUCAGAACGAGAGAGUUCAGAAGUGCAGCGCUUGGAAGAAAUGGUGCAUCUGGCAACCUCAACUAAAUGUGUAAGUCAAGCAGUGAGCGACUAUUUUGGGGAACGAAUUGAGCCUUGCCAUAUGUGUGAGAGAUGUCUUGGAGAAAUAAGUGCACAAGAGCUAUCUAGUUUCGACACAAAAUCGNGAACUUCCAAAGGAACCAUUAACCUUGGCAAAGUUCGCAAGUGGUAUAAGCUCACCCAAGUUGAGGGAACGAAAGAUAACCAAGCACGAGUUGUUUGGAAGUCUUCGUGAGUGUGGUUUUCAACAAGUUUUACA